AUGGAGAAAACAUUGAGUUGGGAGAUAGAUGACUUCUCGAAGAGGAUCAGUAAAAUAAAGUCCGAUAUCUUCUCAAGUGGUGGCUGCCAAUGGUUUGUAACGGUGUAUCCCAUGGGGUACCAUUGCUUUGAUCACUUGUCUCUGUUCCUUCACGUUGUGAAUCCUAAGUCAUUGAGACGUGGGUGGAAAAGGAGAGCUAUUACUUGCUUCGUUUUGUUGAAUCAAUCCGGCAAAGUUCUAUACACAUCACCAAGCGAUUGCAAUUUGUACUGCGCUGAGGUCCCAGUCUUGGGUUACCAGAAGACGUUGCCGCUUGCCGAGCUACAAGGGUUCCUGGAAAAUAACAAACUAAUCGUGGAAGUCUACUUCAAAGUAGUUGAAGUUGUUCAUCAAGGAAAAUCAACUGAGAAUGAUAUAGUCGAUUUCAAUGGUUUCCAGAUACUUGCUUCUCAAGCUUCCUCAUUGAGCAAUAUUGUCUCAAAGGACCCAUACUUUGUAGUAGAUUUCAAACCUGAGAACCAAUGGGUCAAAACAAAGUACAUGUAUCUCCUCGGCCUCGUCGAGACCCUGAGCAAGUCUCCACAGAGCUUGUCUGCGACUGAGCUAAGCAAUGCUCAAAAAGAUUUGACUGUGCUGACGGAAGCAGGCUUCAAGCUCGACUGGUUAUAUUCAAAGCUUGAUGAGGUUUCCUUGGAGUGGAAGCAAGCAGCACAUUCUGAUGGAUAUGGGGUCCAACAACUCGAGGAACGGGUCAAGAAUGUCGAAUUGUCUUUGUCGGAUCUCAUAGUUGAUCUGGACAAUGUGAAGAUUAAAUCUGCUGCUGCCAAAGUUUCUUCUUUUCAGUUUAUAGAUUUUCUUGUUAACAAAUUCUUUCUCUCUUGCUUCUCAUUCUCAAAAUCCUAG